GACUAUCAUAAUGCUGUAAACACUGGUACAAGAUCUGGAAGUGGCAGAAUAAUACGAGACAACUGGGAGGAUUUAACGGAAAUUUGGGCUCGUUCACCUGCGACAAAGGCAAUAGACAAUGGUUGCACAACUCGAGAGAUCAAUGGGGAAAAUUUAAGCACUGUUUUAGUGGAGACUGAUGAUGAGGAAACAUUUAUGAACAGUCUCUUCGAGAAAGAGGAUGAUGCCAACUCGCAGAUUCAGCAGCCAGAAUUGCAAGAUGUAGAGAACAACAGGGAAUCGGAGGAGAGUCACACCAUACUUGAUUCUAGAAAGAGAAUUAUUCCAGUCACUCCAAAGUUUGUCGAUAACAAAAGAAAGAAGUUAGAGAAGCAGUUGUCAGCAAAGCAAAGAGAUAUAUGGUUCUUAUGA